CUUCUUCUUUCUCUGUACUUUACUCGUUUACUCACUUUCUUCCACAAUUUCGCUCUUCAGACACUCUCCCCGUCUUUUUCAAUCACACCAACACAUCUUCAAAAUGCCUCGUCAAUUUUUCGUGGGUGGUAACUUCAAGAUGAACGGUACUGCGGACAGCAUUACCUCCAUCAUCAAGAACCUCAAUGCCGCCAAGCUGGACGAGUCCGCCGAGGUGGUUGUCUCUCCCCCCACCCUCUACCUGCUCCCCGCCCGCCAGGCCGCCGGCGAGAAGAUCGGCGUCGCUGCUCAGAACGUCUUCGACAAGCCCAACGGUGCUUUCACCGGUGAGAUCAGUGUCGAGCAGCUCCGUGAUGUCAAGAUCGACUGGACCAUCAUUGGUCACAGCGAGCGUCGUGUUAUUCUGAAGGAGAGCGACGAGUUCAUUGCCCGCAAGGUCAAGGCCGCCAUUGACGGUGGCCUCAGCGUUAUCUUCUGCAUUGGCGAGACUCUUGAGGAGCGUGAGGCCAACAAGACCAUCGACGUUGUCACCAAGCAGCUCAACGCUGUUGCCAAGGAGCUCACCAAGGAGCAGUGGGCUAAGGUUGUUGUCGCCUACGAGCCCGUCUGGGCUAUCGGUACCGGCAAGGUCGCCACGACCGCCCAGGCCCAGGAGGUCCACGCCGCUAUCCGCAAGUGGCUCGUUGAUGCCAUCUCCCCCGAGGCUGCCGACAACACCCGCAUCAUCUACGGUGGUUCCGUCAGCGAGAAGAACUGCCGUGACCUGGCCAAGGAGGCCGAUGUCGACGGUUUCCUGGUUGGCGGUGCCAGCUUGAAGCCUGCCUUCGUCGACAUCAUCAACGCUCGUCUGUAAACAAUUGAAUGAUUGAUGGACAUGUGAUAUGAUAUCCGAAUCCCAAUAGGCGGGGAAGUCAGCCUGGAAACUCUGCAGACACCAUAACCAAUUGCAGAGCAUGAAAAUCUAUAAAGAAUAUAAAAAAUCGAAUUUAUACCAAAUAAAUCCAAAUUGAAUACCACCAUUAACCUUAC